AUGAUGAGAGGCUCUAACACUCGGGGAGGACUGUAUAUUUAUCUCGCCGUCUUGUCUACGUCCGCAGUCGUUCUUGUGGAGCACCGACUGGCUAGUGUUGGUCCCCAGCUUCAGGCCCUCGCAUGCACCCUGGGCUACGCGAUGCGGGCUCGAGCAUUUCUCAAUUUGGUACGAUUUGGAGCAACCCUAGCAGGUGUACUUUCACCGACUGCGGUCUUGUAA